AAAUGGCGGCCAUAGUAAUGGCGGCAGCGUACCCCGGCGCUACUCUGCAUGCAAAGUCACAGCUACCAUUGUCAUCGUUUUCCAUUAGAAAAGAAUCAAAGCAUCUUCUUCUUUCUCAGUCGGUAACAAUUCGUUAUGCCCAAAUUAUUGUAUCAGCUAGUUAUACUCAGUCUUCUUCCUCGGGAACUCCGGUCAAUUUCAAUCCCUCAACUAAGCUCUUUGUUAGCGGACUCUCAUUUCGCACAACUGAAGAUAGCUUAAGAAAAGCCUUCAACAAUUUCGGAGAGCUCGUUGAAGUCAAUUUGAUGAUGGACAAAAUAGCGAACAGACCAAGAGGAUUUGCCUUCAUUCGUUAUGCUACGGAGGAGGAAUCACAGAAAGCAAUUGAGGGAAUGCAUGGCAAGUUUCUGGAUGGCAGGGUAAUUUUUGUAGAAGUCUCUAAGUCUAGAUCUGAACUUCGUCGAGGGCCUAAUCACAACAAUAGCAGACAAUGAUGUAGACAUGCAUCCCUAAUCAAGGCUCGUCUCUGAGGUUCAUAAGAACACUCUUGUGAAGGAGGAAAACAAAAGAGAUUCAAUGGUGGACACAGACGCGCUUCAUUCACCCAUAAAUCAAUCAUCGUGCAUCUCUACGUUUAUCAGAAUAAGUGUCAUCAGUUUCUGCUCAACUUACUAUACAGAGGGAUGAAGAUUGCUUGCUUCGAUACGUUGGACUUCUAAUCCUUUCUCAGGCAACUGUGCAGUUACUAAUAUAUUGUAGCACAUUUUUCUUAAUUUUUGUAUUUAUUCGUAUU